CUUUCACGACGCGACAUGCGCAGAAGUCUGUGACUGUGCUGCCCACUGCACACACACCAUCGCCACCCAACGCAAACCAAGCACGUACGGGAAGACGUGGGGAUAAGGUUCAGGGCAGUACUAGAGUGCAUGGGGGCACGAGAAGUUGCCCGUUGCGGGUGUACCAGAAGAGCCUCAUGCAGUACCUGCCGCGGGAUAGUGCGUCGUGGCUGUCCUUUAACUCGGAGAUUGGGACUGAAAUUGUCCGGUCUGCUAAAUGUGCGGAUGUGGCUCGUGAGUGUAGUGAUGAUGAGGCCAAGGCGGUGACAGCUGAUGAGAGCGCAAAGCACGAUAUAGUGGUUGGUAAAAUGGGUUCUGAAAGAUCAGAAAAAUCGGGACAAUCACAAGCAGAAGGUGCAAAAUCGGGGCUGAACGCCCCACAAAAGAAUGCCAGAUUAGGGCAGAAAGCUCUCAAGAAAGAACACAAAACGAAACCACCGCCAGCUUUAAUCUUUAACUUUGCCACACCCU